ACAUGGCGGUGCCCGCAAACUUUGCGUGCCCAGACCGGGAAAAGUUCCAUUAUUGCUAUUCUAAAUUGAUAAAUUUCAAGUAUAGAGAUGAAGAAUCAACAAAAACGGACUUGAAUUUACUUCUGGACGAGUUAAAUUCUCUGGAAUAUUCAACGAUUAUCGUUGGAGAAAAAGAUGGGAAUAAUCUGCUGACAAAGCUGUGUUCAACAAUACCAUUGCAUGAUGAUAGACUGGUUGUCAAACUCUGUCAAAUUGCCAACAACUGGAAGAGGAAGCAGAUGUUACAUUUGACAGAUGAAUGCAUCAGGAUAGUAACAGAUUACUUUAUAAAAGCUGUAGAGAGGUGCCAAGGAUGGGCUAUACCAGAUAUACUACGAGCCCUAGCUUCUGUGCUGUAUGAAAAUGUUGACAGAGUUGAAACGUUCCAUGACAGGUUAUUAGGGAAACAUGGCAUACUUGUACAGCUAAUCAACAAUGAAGUGACGGAUACUGACACCCUCAAGGAAGCUGUACUAUGUGUGGAAUGUCUCACUCUGAAACCAUCUGGUGUUGGGUACCUGUCAGCAGAGCUUUUGGAUGUAUGUUUCGACAUAUUCUGUAUGCUGUUACACAAGAUGCCCACAACAAAUCUAGAAGCUACCUCACAGUGUAAGAUCCAGAUAAACUGUUUACGAGGGAUACAGAACAUGAUCCAGAUGACAAAAACAGUUCCGCUCAACAAACUUGGUAUUAUUCUAGCAGCCAUACGGGCGUACAUGUUUUAUGGGUUAUAUACACAGCCAUUGAUUAUACCAGACAGUUUGUACCCAUCCCCGCUCAUCAAGAUAGAUAUCCCAGUCCUUGGCAAAAUGUCUGUAACUCCUGACAAAACAGAGAAACAAGAAGAUUCAGGUCAGAAGAAAUCCAAAAGGAAAACAAAGAAAAGGGGAGAUAAGCAAGGAGGAAAGCAGAGCAGACAGCCAGAUGGUGGUUCCCAUGGUGAUGACCCUGACACUUCAGGAAAGCCAUUUGGUGCAGGUGCUGCUGCCAUCAAUAUUGAAGCAGAUUUGUCGGGCUACACUACAUGGUCUAAGAUUAGCAGCUCGGAAUCCGAAUGGUCAGAUACAGAAGGGGGUCAGGGGUCAAGGUUAAGGUCAAGCUGUACCAAGGUCAGACAGUGUGCUCUCAGCUGCUUCUAUUGGAUAAUAAAGAUGACAGAUAAGAAAGUGAUGUUUAGUUUCUGGUCCUCAUUUAUCCCAGACUCGCAGACUGCCACAAACAUGGCCAGUACUCAAACUUUGUUCACUAUUAUAUUGAAGGAUCCAUCACCUAAGUGUAGAAUGGGUGCCUUGGCAGCCCUGUCUGUUCUUGUAGAUGGAACUAAACUCCUGUUGACUGCCGCAGAAGACAGGGAUGAGACUAAAACUGCAACAUUUACACCAUUUUCUGUGAUACUGGGAUCAACAGUGAAAGAGAUCCACCGGUGUUUGCUACUUGCCAUGAUCUCUGAGGAAUAUCCAAUCACAUUGACACAACUUAUCAAGUGUUUUGGAACAGUUAUUGCCAAUGUACCAUACCAUAGAAUGAGACCUGGUCUGUUAAGCAGAAUUGUUAAACAGGUUAAACAUUUCAUAAAUCACAGAGAUCCUAAUGUAAGAGUUGCAUGCCUGACAUGUCUAGGGUCAAUGGCUGGUAUCCAGCCACCCUUGAUGGAAGUGUGUCAUAUAAUUCAACCAUCAAAACCCCCGAUCUCUGCUGUACAGCCUGUUCUCACAGAAACUGAUUCAAAUAAUCAACAAAGAUCUAAAGACAGUGAAUCUGGUUUACAGAUUACAAAUCCUACUGUCAGAGACUUUGAUUCAGGCUUUAGCAGCAGUCCAAAUAUUAACUCCGGUGGAGGAGCUCUUCAGUCAGGAGGUGCUACAGGAGAGGUUUCAGGGGGAGCAACUCCAAAGAGAGAUACAGCUAGUUCCUCAGGUAUUCAGACACCGGUGUUUUCAGACCAGCUUCUUCAGGCUUAUUCCAAAGAGAUUUCCUGGGUUGUAAAGUUGUGUGUGAAGAAUAUAUUGCCACAGAGCACCCCGGACACAGUGUUUGGAGCUGAAGAACCGCACACUGAGCCAAUACCUGUACGUCUGGAAUCUCUUCAGGUCCUGGCAAACCUAACUAAAGGAUACUUUCCAAUUAUAAGAAAUUGUGUUCCACUGUUACAAGAACUUGUACAUAAAUGUUUCUGUGAUAAAGAUCCUGUGAUAAAACUUCAUACAGCAAAGCUGUUAGAUGAAUUUACACAAGUUUUACUUCAAGAUGUGAUAAAUACAGAGUCUAUGACACAAACAACAGACAGGCUGGAUAAACAACAGGUGUUGGAAUUCUGGAUGUCACUACUGAAUGGACCGAUACAGGAGAUACUACAGAAUCCUGUGCACGGUACCGUGCGAGCGACAGUGUGUGAUUGUAUCGCCAAUAUUGGGGAUCCUAUAUUCACAAUGCUUCCAUUGGACAAGCGUAUAAUGUGCCUCACUGUGGUGCUGGGACUGACCAGUGAUGAGGAUCGUUUUAUUCGAGCUUCUGCAGUCAGAACACUGGGGGUGUAUGUCCUGUAUAAAAGUCUUAGAGAGGAUGUGUCGUUUGUUGCGGAUGCUACGAGUGCAAUAUUGGGUGCUAUGGAAGACAAGAAUAUAGCUGUGAGGGUGAAAGCAGCCUGGUCUCUAGCUAACCUUGGUGAUGCUCUAGCAUUGAACAGGGAGGAAGAGGAUGAGGAUUUUCUCACAGAUUUUUCUGAUGUCCUUGUGUUAAAUGUGAUCAAUACGGCUACGAAAGCUUGUCAAGAUAGUGACAAAGUGAAGCCAAAUGGUGUUCGGGCACUCGGCAAUAUUCUCAGAUAUACCACAAAGAAACAGCUGUGCAAGGAAGCAUUCAGUCAGGCAGUGAGUUCAGGUGUGAGGGCUCUUGUGAAAGGUGUGGCCACAGGUGCAAUGAAGGUCCGCUGGAAUGCAUGCUAUGCGAUAAGUAACAUGUAUAAGAAUUUGGAUCUUUCUCAGGGAUCUGUACCGUGGAAUGUGGAGGUUCUGAAUGUGUUAUGUACAGUAGUGAAAGAAUGUAAGAAUUUCAAGGUGCGUAUAAAUGCAGCCAUUGCAUUGUCUGCCCCGAGAGAAAGGUCACAGUACGGGACGACCACACUUUAUUCUGAAGUCUGGGACGGAGUAAUUGAGGCAUUUAACACGGCAGAAAAUAUUGCCGACUAUAUUGACUUCAAAUACAGGGAUAACCUGAUUGAGCAGAUUUGUAUUGCUGCCCUGCAUCUACUAUGCCUGCUCAGUCUUGAAGAUUUAAGAGAGUUGUCUCCCUUGUUACACAGAAGAGGUGAAGCCCUCGCCACAUACCUAGAUAAAUAUUAUACAGCGAGACAGAAAGACUCACAAAUGGAUGAACAUUUGGAAAAAGCUAAGUCAAGGUUAGAGAGUCUUGAUAAAGAGGCCAUCUCAGACAUAGAGAAAGAUAGUUUACAGAUACUGACCAAAAUCUGCAAACAGCUGACUGAAGUAUCUGAUGAGAAUAUUGAGAAACCCAAGACAGCGUUUGUACAGACCUAUGACUAAACAUUGCUGUGAAACCAUUUUAAUUAUUGAUUGGUGCAGACUAUUAUUAGACAUUACAAACUUAUUUAUAGAAAAUGUUUGGUAUAGAUAAUAUUUAGAAUACACGUUUUGGCUCAAAAUUAGAGUAGUUGAUGUAGUAGUGGAUUUAUUGCAACACACAAAUGUAUAGAUUUUUUUCUCAUUUUCUUUAUGCUUCCAAUCAGACACUUCCCCAAUAGCUUUUGCAGUUCCAUGAAUAACCUCUAAAGUUUUAGCCAGCAAUCUUGUAUUUUUUGUCGGAUAAGGAAAGCAGCACAUGGAAAUUUGUAGCUAUAGAAUAUGUAUAUUAGGUACAUAUAUGUGAUUUUGUUUUUCAUUGUGGAGUCUUGUUGGUGCUUGGUCCCUGGGGCCAGUGUGGACUGUCACAGUGGUCAGUGGUUAAUCCGAGUCUGCUAUUAUUUUGCUAAGCUGUGUUGUAAGCUUUCAAAGAAUCUUCUAGAUUUGAAUACUUAGGGAUACAGAAGUAAAAACUUUCAAAUGUACAGUUAAGAAAUAAGAUAUUUAAAAUGAAAUAUUGGCUAGUACCUCAUACCUGGUUUGUACAAGCCAGUUUUUGGACAGCCAUAAGGGUUAGACUGUUACUUAGAGUUAUUUAUAGAGGAAAUAUUUUUGAAAAUAGGCUGGGUUUUUUUUAUCAAAGAAAUAUUACAUGUAGCUGGUUUUCCUCAUAGGGAAAGCAGCCUAGUCCCAUUACGGGCUCUAGUUGUUAAAUUGGCAAAGUCUAAAUUUGGCUUCUGAAUUUAUAAAAUUAAAAAAAAGUUUUAUUAAUUUGGAAAAGGAGUUAAAAUUAUGCAGACAUCAGUGUAAUUCUGUGUUCACACACUAUUUGUUGUAUUUCAUUAACAGAAAUUAAUUGAUCAGGUAAAAAUGAAUAUACAUGUAGUUAAUAUUAUUUGCCUGAAUAUUUAUUUCCUGCUUGUUAGUGAUUUAUAUUUGAUUGUUAAAUUUCUUUAUUUUUAUUGUUAUGACUUGACCACCAUGUAUGUGCUAUUAUCAGUAAACCACAUGAACAAAAUUG